AUGGCGUACCCUCCUUUGAAACACUACUGGGUCGAUUGGAUCUGUGUCGCUGGACUCAUCGCCCUCUUCUUCGGGGUCAGCGAACGGGCAACGCCGUUCUCCCGCCAGUUCUACCUCAACGACAUGUCGCUCUCCCACCCGUUCACCCACCACGAACGGGUGCUGGCGUUCGAGUGUAUAGCCAUUGCCUUCCUUGUGCCGCUUGUGUCCAUCACUGGGGUCAGCUUAUACCGCGCUAAGGGCUGGAACCUGAAGUUUAUCCACCAAUUGGGCGUGGGAGUGUUGGGCCUUCUUUUGGCGUUGUCCCUCAACGGUAACGUCACCGACGCCCUCAAGUGCUGGAUCGCUCGUCCCCGCCCCGACUUCUUAGACCGCUGCGGCGCCGCUAAGGGCACACCUCGUAACGUCAUGGUCACCGUCGAUGUGUGCACUGCCCCUUACGGCAAGUCGGUGUUAGUCGAGGGGAUGAAGCUGACUCCCCUGGGACACUCGUCGAUCGCCUUUGCCGGCCUUGGGUUCUUGACGUUGUGGCUCUUGGGCCAGGCUAAAUUGAUGCAACCUAACCAACGCCAGCCCAUUUACAAGUUCAUCGUCGCAUUCAUCCCCAUUGCCAUUGCCACUUACAUCGCCUUACUGAGAACCCAGGACUACCGCCACCACUUUGGUGACGUGAUCUCUGGCUCGGUGUUGGGGUUCAUCUUUGCUGGCUUGAUGUACUUCCGCUACUACCCCGCGUUGGCCGAUGAAGAGUGCGAUGAACCCAAGCGGGUCGACGACAUUCGUCCCAUCUUACCCGAGUAA